AUGGAAUGCUCAGGACUAAUCAUGAGCUAUCGCAGAGCCCACCCGGCUGAUAAUGACCUGCGAAGUGUUCAAAGGGUGUUCAGCGUUCCGGCUUACAGCCACUCCCCCGCUAGCCACUCGCCCGCUAGAGCCACUCACACGCUAGAGCCACUGACCAGCGAUGGAGCUCUUUGUGGCCCGUCUGGUAAGGACGUCCAACAAGUUCGCAUCGUGCCCCAAUUUGACGCGCCACACGUCCAUACAGCCAAGGUACCUGGCCAUGAAGGGCCCCGUCGCCAGGCGCCCCUCCAUGGGCAUACCGAGCAGGCUGUGCAGCGCCCGCGCACUAAACCGUCCGCGCCCAUCCUCAACGUGGACGCGCACGUCCUCGAAGACGACCUCGUUGUGACGGAGCAGAUCUCGCAGCUCGUCAAGAACAGCGGGCGCCUUGCGCAGCGCGAUCUCGCGACUGCACCAGUCGGGGCCAAAAGCGCAGAUCGCGAGACGUCGGAGCGCGUGCGGGUACGAAAGGGACCGAGUGAUGCGCUGCUCGAGGUCCGACAGCGCUUCGGCGGCCUGGCUGAACCGCAUACACAGCCAAAUGUCGACCCGUGGUUUGCCCGCGAGUUUUUGAAACUGUGUGCAAACCGUGAUGAAGACCGUGGUCUACCCGCAAUUUACCUUCGUGCAAUUCACGAAUAA